AUGAGCGCCGAUCCUCAGUCCGAGAAGAUCGUGGAGGAGAAGGGUCCCGCCCCCGUAAAUGAGGACGCCCUCGACCUCCCCGCGCUGGAUGAGCUGCCAAAGGGCCGCUGGGAGCGCGCCUGGCCUACUAUCGCUUGUGGUGCUGGUCUGUUCUCCGAUGGCUAUCUGAAUGGAGUAAUUGGUCAAGUCAACACCAUCCUUGGAGUUCUCUACCCGGACACGUACAGCAAUUCUCCGGCGAGUCAGAAUGUGUCGGCCAUUGCCUUUGCCGGUACUGUCGUGGGCAUGCUGAUCUUCGGCUACACCAGUGAUCACUGGUCGCGCAAGUGGUCGCUGAUGAUCUCCACCAUCAUUCUGUUCGUCUUCGCCGCUCUGUGUGCUGGUUCAUAUGGUUUGAACGGUAGCCAGUAUGGCCUGUUCGCCGCCCUGACCGCGUACCGUUUCUUCAUCGGUGUGGGUAUCGGUGGUGAAUACCCUGCUGGCUCUGUCGCGGCGGCGGAGAACACCGGCGAACUCAAGGCGGGCCAUCGUAACCGUUGGUUUAUCAUGUUCACAAACUUCCAGAUCGACUUUGGAUUUGUCGUCUCGGCUCUGGUGCCUACCAUUCUUCUUCUGAUCUGCACGGAGAACCAUCUGCGCUUGGUCUGGCGUCUGUCUCUGGGCUUGGGUAUCAUCCCUCCCCUGAGUCUGCUGUACCUGCGUCUCAAGCUCAAUGAGCCCGAGGAGUUCAAUCGUGAGCGGAUGCGCAAGUUCCCCGUUUGGUUGAUCAUCAAGUUCUAUUGGUUCCGUCUGGCGGUGGUUUCUCUGAUUUGGUUCAUCUAUGACUUUUCGUCCUACUCCUUCGGCCUGUACUCUUCGAAGUGGAUCGGAAUCAUCACUGGCGACGAUGCACCUUUGUGGAAGAACUUUGGCUGGACUACCCUGACCUACAUGUUCUACCUUCCCGGCUCCGGACUUGGCGCUUGGGUGAGUGACUGGAUUGGCCCUCGUCACACCCUUGCCAUCGGAGUGCUUCUUCAGGGUAUUGUUGGGUUCAUCAUGUCUGGAUGUUACAAGUGGCUUGCGACCCCGGAGAACGUGGGUGGCUUCGUGGUGGUCUACGGCAUCUUCCUCGCUCUCGGCGAGUUUGGCCCCGGUAAUAACCUGGGUCUGUGUGCCGCCAAGAGUAGUGCCACUGCCAUUCGUGGUCAGUACUACUCGUAUGCUGCCGCCAUUGGCAAGAUCGGCGCCUUCGUGGGCACCUACGUUCUGCCAAUUGUCCAGAAGAAUGCCCCCAACGAGAUUCGCAAGGGCCAGGAUCCGUUCUUCGUCUCCAGCGCGCUGUGCAUCUUCAGUGCUUUCCUGGCGUUCUUCCUUCUUCCGCAGAUCAACCAGGAUACCAUCACUAACGAGGAUGCACGCUUCCGCGAGUAUCUCACCCAGAACGGCUACGAUACCUCCACCAUGGGCAAUCGAGACCAGAUCACCACCCGUGAUGCUAUCGCCCAGGAUGAUCUGGCCUAA